GCAGUCUAGGACUUGCGAACGCUCGAAUAAGAUCAUUGAAUAUAUUGAACGUUCCUAUCUGUCAGUGUCAAUCCAAUGUCCUAACGUCAAGAUACAUGUUGGUAGAGUUCACAAUGGGUUAUCAAUAAUGAUAAAAGUGAACCUAUGUUUGCGCAAAUAACAACAUAUUAAAAAGUGGAAUCGAGAGAAUAGUUGGUUUUCAAUACACUAUUAUGUCCAACAUACUAGUUAAAACGUGUUUAAAUUCCUUACCUCCAAAAUUUAGCAGAUUUUGUUCAUAUCGUUUUGUGAGUCCAGUGCAUACAGUUUAUGGAAAAAUAAACUCUCAGAAAUCCUUUUUGAAAAGAAAUCUACAUACCACUUCUAUCAUGAGUAACUCUAUCCUAAAUGGUAACUUGUGGGACACUGAUCCCGAGCUUUAUGCCAUCAUCAAAAAUGAGAAGGAGCGUCAGAGAGCUGGACUUGAGAUGAUUGCUUCUGAGAACUUUACAUCUAUACCGGUCCUGCAAUGUCUGAGCACAUGCCUUCACAACAAAUAUUCUGAGGGAAUGCCCAACCAAAGGUAUUAUGGAGGCAAUGAAUACAUUGAUGAAAUUGAACUCCUAGCACAAAAGAGGUCUCUUGAGGCUUACAGGCUGAAUGCAGAAGAAUGGGGAGUCAAUGUGCAGCCAUACUCAGGUUCUCCUGCUAAUUUUGCAGUAUACACCGGUGUAGUUGAACCUCAUGGCAGGAUUAUGGGAUUGGACCUACCUGAUGGUGGCCAUCUUACUCAUGGAUUCUUCACAGCAACCAAGAAAAUAUCCGCUACAUCAAUUUUCUUCGAAAGCAUGCCAUACAAGGUGGACCCUAAGACUGGUUUUAUAGACUAUGACAAACUGGCCGAAACUGCACGCCUGUUCAAACCUCGUUUGAUAAUCGCUGGUAUUAGUUGCUACUCUCGCUGCCUAGACUACAAGCGAUUCCGCCAGAUUGCUGAUGAAAAUGGCGCCUACUUGAUGGCUGAUAUGGCACAUAUCUCUGGACUUGUAGCUGCAGGUGUCAUUCCUAGUCCGUUCGAAUACUGUGAUAUUGUAACAACGACCACCCACAAGACAUUGCGUGGCCCCCGCGCUGGAGUGAUCUUCUACCGAAAAGGUGUUCGCUCCGUGAAAGCUAAUGGCCAGAAGGUCAUGUAUGACCUCGAAAGCAAGAUCAACCAAUCAGUAUUCCCUGGACUACAGGGAGGACCACACAACCACGCUAUUGCUGCCAUCGCCACAGCAAUGAAGCAAGCUACCACCUCCGAAUUUGUUGAAUACCAAAAACAGGUGGUGAAAAAUGCUCAGCGACUUUGUAAAGGUUUGAUGGCCCGUGGUUAUGAGAUCGCGACCGGCGGUACAGAAGUCCACUUGAUCCUAGUGGACAUGCGCAGCGCUGGACUCACAGGAGCUCCCGCCGAACGAAUCCUGGAACUGUGCAGCAUAGCUUGUAACAAGAACACGGUACCUGGUGACAAAUCCGCACUCCAUCCCAGCGGAAUUAGGCUCGGCACCCCAGCCCUUACUACAAGGGGUAUGAAGGAAGGUAACAUCGAUAGAGUAGUAGACUACAUUGAUAAAGCGCUAAAACUUGCCCAAGAAAUCACUAAAGUAUCUGGCCCCAAAGUUGCUGACUUCAACAAAACUAUUGAAGAAAGUGCAGACUUCAAAGCGAAAAUCAAGAAUCUGAAGGAAGAAAUUGAAAAUUACAGCAGACCACCUGGAGAUCAGGCGAGUAAUUACGAACUCACCAUGACUAUGUAUCCUUCGUCUGGAAUGGUAGCGACCCCACAACAAGGGACUAGUCCAAUUACACAAAAUGGAAGUACUACAUUACCUCGGUCACAUCAUCAAAGGACAGGACGACCACCUGCAGCUCCAAAAUCCUAUGACUACUUAUUAAAAGUACUACUGGUUGGUGACUCAGAUGUAGGUAAACAAGAAAUCCUUCAAGAUCUUGAAGAUGGCUCAGCUGACUCACCAUUUUGUAGUGGCAGUGCCUACAAAACGACGACAAUCCUGUUAGAUGGAAAGAGAGUAAAACUUCAGCUAUGGGAUACUUCAGGACAAGGGCGAUUCUGCACCAUAAUACGAUCCUACUCUCGCGGAGCACAAGGCAUUCUUCUUGUUUAUGACAUCACAAACAAAUGGUCUUUUGAUAGCAUCGACAGGUGGCUAGAAGAAGUCGAAAAGCACGCACCUGGAGUUCCGAAAGUCCUCGUGGGAAAUCGUUUGCACCUAGCCUUCAAAAGACAAGUACAGGAACGGGAUGCGGAACUGUAUGCUGCCAAGAACCACAUGGCGUUUUUCGAAGUGAGCCCCUUUACUCAGCCUCCAAGAGCUAUGUUGCCGUGCAAUAGUAGCGCGUACAUCGGUGUACGGUCUGGAGAGGCUCCCUUUACCGACGGCGCUGAAGUCCCACCUCAAGUCGUACGCGAUCUCCGCCGCGCCCAGCCGGCAUCGAGCGCGAGCACAUAAGCACCCGCAUCACACGCGACUCAACUGCACCGGCCGUAACUCCUGCAACAUUGCCUGAGAUGCCCGACCUACGACUGCCUGAACAGCAGUGUCACGCAUGACUUUAUAAAUGUGGCUAACCCUUCAUCCAUAUUGGCAAGCAAUCAAAUAAUUUUGUUACAUCACUUAAUCAAAACAUUUCCGAC